CCGAGGACCGCGACUCUGCCGGCCAUGGAGUUCGACUGUGAGGCCGUGAGGCGGCUGCUGGGCAAGUACAAGUUCAGGGAUCUGACUGUAGAAGAGCUGAAGAAUGUGAACAUGUUUUUCCCGCACUUCAGAUAUUCCAUGGACACCUACGUUUUCAAAGAUACUUCCCAGAAAGACCUGCUGAACUUCACUGGUACUAUUCCUGUGAUGUAUCAGGGUAAUACGUACAACAUACCCAUUCGCUUCUGGAUUUUGGAUUCUCACCCUUUUGCUCCACCCAUUUGCUUCUUGAAGCCAACUGCAAACAUGGAAAUCUCAGUUGGAAAACAUGUGGACGCCAAAGGCAGAAUAUACUUGCCCUAUCUCCAAAACUGGAGCCAUCCUAAAUCUGUCAUUGUUGGAUUAAUUAAAGAAAUGAUCGCCAAGUUUCAAGAGGAACUUCCUCUCUAUUCGGUGCCAUCAUCCAACGAAGCGCAGCAGGUCGACUUGCUAGCCUAUAUUGCAAAAAUCACUGAAGGUGUCUCAGACAUAAAUUCAAGGGGCUGGACAAAUCAUGAGACUAAAAUAGCGAAUAAAAUUACUGUGGUCGGAAGUGGAGAUUUGGGUAUUGCCUGCACAAUGGCAAUUUCAGCAAAGGGCAUUGCAGACAAGCUGCUCCUUUUAGACCUCUCCGAUGGGACUAACCAAGGAACGAUGGAUCUUGAUAUCUUCAGCCUGCCUAAUGUAGAGAUCAGCAAAGAUUUGUCUGCCUCUGCUCAUUCCAAGGUGGUGAUCUUCACAGCCAACUCUUUGGGUGGCUCUGAAUCCUACCUUCAUGCCGUGCAAAGCAAUGUGGACAUGUUCAGAGCUCUCGUCCCGGCUCUGGGACAUUACAGUCAACAUGCUGUCUUGCUUGUUGCAUCUCAACCAGUGGAAAUCAUGAGCUAUGUGACAUGGAAGCUGAGCACAUUUCCCACAAAUAGAGUGAUUGGGAUUGGAUGCAAUCUGGACUCACAGAGAUUACAAUACAUUAUUACCAAUGUUUUGAAGGCACAGACUCCAGGCAAAGAAGUAUGGGUUAUUGGUGAACAGGGAGAAAACAAAGUGUGCUCAUGGAAUGGCCGAGACGGGGUAAUGAGUCAUAGCUCUCUGGCACAGCUGUCCAGCAGAGCCAUGGAACUGUUGAGGGUAAAGGGUCAGAGAUCUUGGUCUGUUGGCCUGUCUGUGGCUGACCUGGUGGACACUAUUGUAAACAAUAAAAAGAAGGUGCAUUCUGUAUCAACUCUAGCAAAGGGAUGUUAUGGUUUAGAUAAUGAAGUGUUCUUAAGUUUGCCGUGCAUCCUGGGAACCAGUGGAGUGUCCGAAGUCAUCAAAAGCACAGCAGGAGAAGACACAAUGACUGAGACACUCCAAAACAGUGGCUCUUCAAUCCACAAUCUCCAGCAACAGCUGAGACUCUGAUGCCCGAGUGCUGUCACCGGAAGGGGGAAGCUUAUUUAAUUUUGCCAGCACACACAGUUUUGGCAACUUCCACAACUUGGUAUUUCACAAACAGCCUUUAUAGUAGACAACGUCUUAGUUAGCUUUGUAAUUUGAAUCCUUGAGGAGUCAGAGAACGGGAAAGGAUCUGAUUUCUUGUGGAGUUUUUGACAUACCUACACUGUUGUUUGGUCCUAACUUCAGCACACCUAGCACUUUGGAGAUGUUCUGAAAUACGUGCACUCCUUAAAGGUUCUUACUGGACACUCAUUCUGAGCAUGGUAAGCUGAAGGCAGGGUGGGCACAGAGCCUGUGACAGGUGUACGUUCAGAGACUCCUAGCUUCACGGGUCUGUUUGCAUCUUCUGCACCAUCCCAUUGAUGAUAAUGGCAAAGUGUUUUACCUUCCUUCUUCAAGUUCACUUACAUUAGAAAGCAUACAUUUUAGUAUGCUUUAAAUUGGUUAAAUGGAAUUUUUUUUUUUUUUUUUUUAUUUUCGAGACAGGGUUUCUCUGUAGUUUUUGGUGCCUGUCCUGGAACUAGCUUUUGUAGACCAGGCUGGCCUCGAACUCACAGAGAUCCUCCUGCCUCUGCCUCCUGAGUGCUGGGAUUAAAGGUGUGCGUCACCACCGCCCGGCUGGAAUUUUAAAUAUAUGAAAAAUAAUAUAUAAUUUCUAAUGACACUUCCUUUCUGAAAAUUUCUAGAAUAACCUCUUCUUGGGCUAAAAGAUCUUAAAUGUAUCUUAAAACUGUAUUAUUAGAAAAAGAGAGAUGCGUGUUUCUGUGGCCAUAAGUAAAGAGUAACAGCCGAGCAGUAUAUUUUGAAAGCAAAAUGUGAGGCUUUCACAAAAAAACAUUGUUCUUAAAGGAGAGAGGCCUUGGUCGUCUGCUUCCGAGCGAGCCUUAGUCACCCCAGAAGAAACAGUUGCGACACACGGUGGCUGUUGUGACACACAGGUGACAACUCCUAUAUAGUGAGCUCUUAUUUGUAGAGUCCUGACAUAGACUGGCCGAGGUAGGAACUAUUUAUCUUCAUCACAGAGGAGGAGACUGAACCUUGGUGUCUAAGAUUGCUGGGUUCUAAGGAUGUUACUUACCUGUACAACCUCUACUCUUAUAGGUAGCAACAGAGGCUGUGGGGAAGCCUAGAGGCCUAAAAGCCAAGCUGUCACAAGACACUAGCUAAAGUUGAGGCUUGGGAUACUAUGAAAGAAUUACUUUUAUUUUCAUACGGGAGCUUUUUUGUUUUUUUUUUUUUUUAAACAAGGUCUUUAUGUAGUCCUAGCUGUCUUGAAGCUUACUACUAAAGACCAGGCUGGCCUCCAGCUCACAUAGAUCUGCUGCCUCUGCCUCCCAAGUUCAUAGAUUAAAGGCAUGCACCACCACACCUGGCUAUAUUUUUUUAAAGUAUUUUUUUUUACAAAGAUUGAUUAGCCUGACCCCCAGAGACUCAGCAGAAAGCAGAGGUGGUAUGUGCCAAAGACGGUGUUUGUUUGUUUAGUCGUUCAGCUAGCAUUUAUUAGGGGCUUCUCACAACAGAAAACACUAUUGCUGAGCAUGCCCAGAUUAGGGACAAGCCCUGGAAUUUACGGAUUAGCAGAGGAACCCAAUAACAAAAUAGCACAUGAGUGCAAGUGUGCUAAGUACAGUGAAAUCCAGAGUGUUUGGAAUCCAGGCUGCUCAGAGAGGAGCUCAGGGGUUUGAGAGGUAGAAAGGAGUCAUGACUCUGGGCAGUUACACUGACAAGCCAAUGUUGAGGAAGUAGAAAAGUAACGUGCUGAGGAAGACUUCCUCCAGACUUAACUGGGUUAAACCUUGGCCAUACAGGCUAGGGAUGUACCUCAGUAGUUAGGUGCUUGCCUGAUAAGAAUAGGGCCCUGGUUUGGUCCCAGAACCACAAAACUUGGGGUUGUUGAGGAGGUAAGCAUUAGCUCUUUGUAAAUGAUUUUGGUGUUGUUUUUACUGACCUUUUAUACGAGAUAGGAAGGUAAAGUUGAAACAACAAUUUCUUAUGUGUUUUAGUGUUUUCUACUAGGUGAUAACUAAUUAGGAAUUCAGUAAUUCCUAAAAUAGAAUUUCUUUUCUCUUCAUUUGUUUUUGGUUUAUUUUUGUUGGUUGUUGCAGGAGGGCCGCUUGUUGGUUCCCAGCUGCUCAGUCCCAAAAUAAUCACACAAAAACUAUAUUAUUUACAAUACUGUUUGGCCAAUAGCUUAAUCAUAUUUCUGGUUAACUCUUAUACCCAAAACUAGCCCAUCUCUAUUAAUCUGUGCAUCACCACGAAGUCAUGACCUAACAGCAGUUUCAGCGCGUCUGUCUCCGGCAGGCUAAAUGGCUUCUCUCUGCCUCCUUUCUCCCAAUAUUCACUUUAGUUUUCCCUGCCUAUCCAUCCUAUCAGGUCAAGCCAGUUUCUUUAUUAACCAGUGGGACUCACAGCAUACAGAGGGGAAUCCCACAUCAGUUGGUUGAUUGGUUUUUCGAGACAGGGUUUCUCUGUCUAACUGCUCUGGCUAUCCUGGAACUCACUUUGUAGACAAAGUUGGCCUCAAACUCAGAGAUCUUUACUAUCGCUGCCUCCCGAGUGCUGGGAGUGAAGGCGUUUGCUGCCACCACCUGGCUCUCUUCAUUUGUUUUUGAGACUAGUCUCUAACUCAGCAAUCAUCCUGCCUGAGCCUCAUGAGUGCUGGCUACCAUACCCAGCAACAAUUUUUGUUUUGUUUUGUUCUGUUUGUGGGGCUCUAACCCAGGGUCUGAUGCAUGCUAGGCCAGGCCUCCACCAUUGUGCUUCAUCUGGAACGUAGUUUCUAAAAGCUAAUAACUCUCUUGAACAAUAAGCCAACUGCAGGAUGUUAUAACAGCGAACUGCCAAGAACUAUGUUGAUUAUAGAAAGAAAUGCCAAUACAACAGAUAUUUAUUGAGAACUCACUGUUAUUCCAAGUAUUUUGUUAGAGUUUGAUCUCACCCUCAAAAGGUCAUAGUACAGAAGUCUUUGUUCGCAGUUCCUCCAUUAAAUCAGGUGGCACCAUCACCACCUCAUCUUGAUUUGGUGCUUAAUAAUCACAGCGCGUCUGUCUGGUAACUUUCAUUUUCUCCACGUGUCUUAAUGGUUUAGAUGAUGUUGACUUGAUUAACCCUUAUAUUCUGUCAGUCUCAAAACCAGGGGGCAAGUGUACAGUGUUUGCGUAUUUCUCACCUGAGGCAUGAGCGCAGGCUCUGCAGUAAUGCUCAUGUCCCAGGUAAUAUCUACCGUCCGAUAAGUUUCAGUCCCACAUCAUUAUAAAUCCUGAUUUUUUUUAACCUUAUUAUGUUCUGAAAUUCAAGCUUUCAUGAAAAACUAGUGAAAGAUUUAUUUCCUCAUUUAAAAAAUACUGUGUUAAGGCCGGGCGGCAGAGGCAGGUGGAUCUCUGUGAGUUCGAGACCAGCCUGGUCUACAAGAGCUAGUUCCAGGACAGGCUCCAAAACCACAGAGAAACCCUGUCUCGAAAAAAAAAAAAAAUACUGUGUUAAGUAAAAUGUUUUUUCUUGCCAUCUGACAAGGAGAGGGCAACUCUCAUUUUUCCAAAAUCAUGCAGUACCUCAUAGUUUUUAUUGGGGCUUGGACUAAAAUGCUUUUUGAUACUGUAAGGUGUAUUUUUCAU